AUAGGUGUAAGAGGCAGCCAGAAGCAGUCAGGAGGAGUGAGGUGCAGGAUACUCAUUACUGCAGUACACCACUGAAUACCGAAAGAUGGCAGCUCCGGCUAUUGGCAUUGACCUAGGCACUACCUACUCGUGUGUGGGAGUGUUCCAACACGGCAAAGUGGAGAUCAUCGCCAACGACCAGGGUAACAGGACGACACCUUCCUAUGUCGCCUUCACAGAUACAGAGAGACUCAUCGGUGACGCUGCCAAGAACCAGGUGGCCAUGAACCCCAACAACACUGUGUUCGACGCCAAACGUCUCAUCGGUCGCAAGUUUGAGGACCCAGCAGUGCAGAGCGAUAUGAAGCAUUGGCCCUUCACCGUGGUCAACGAAGCCGGAAAACCUAAAGUGAAGGUGGAGUACAAGGGCGAGAAUAAGACUUUCAACCCUGAGGAAAUCUCCUCUAUGGUGUUAACUAAAAUGAAAGAAACUGCCGAGGCCUUCCUUGGUAAAAGUGUGAAAGAUGCUGUCAUUACAGUUCCUGCCUAUUUCAAUGACUCCCAGCGUCAAGCUACCAAAGAUGCAGGAGCUAUCGCCGGCAUUAAUGUUCUCAGAAUCAUCAAUGAGCCAACUGCUGCUGCCAUUGCUUACGGACUCGACAAAAAAGUGGGUGGUAGAGGGGAACGUAAUAUUUUGAUCUUCGACCUCGGAGGCGGUACCUUCGAUGUGUCUAUUCUUAGCAUUGAUGAAGGUGUCUUUGAAGUGAAAUCUACUGCCGGAGACACCCACUUGGGAGGCGAAGAUUUCGACAAUAGAAUGGUGAACCAUUUCAAACAGGAGUUCCAGAGAAAAUACAAGAAAGAUUUGAGUGCUAAUAAAAGAGCGGUUCGUCGACUGCGAACUGCCUGUGAGAGAGCCAAGCGAACUUUGUCAUCUUCCACUCAGGCCAGUGUGGAGAUCGAUUCAUUAUAUGAGGGUAUCGAUUUCUACACUUCUAUCACACGCGCCCGAUUUGAGGAGCUUUGUUCUGAUCUUUUCCGAGGGACGCUGGAGCCUGUAGAGAAGGCGCUGAGAGAUGCCAAGAUAGAUAAAGGCGGCAUCCAUGAACUGGUCUUGGUGGGAGGCUCUACCCGCAUCCCCAAGAUCCAGAAACUCUUGCAAGACUUCUUCAAUGGGAAAGAACUCAACAAAUCGAUCAACCCAGACGAGGCGGUGGCUUACGGUGCUGCCGUGCAGGCUGCAAUCUUGCAUGGUGACCAGUCUGAAGGAGUGAAGGAUGUUCUGCUGCUGGACGUGGCCCCUCUGUCACUGGGUAUAGAGACCGCAGGAGGUGUGAUGACUGCUCUCAUCAAGCGUAACACAACAAUACCCACCAAGCAGCAGCAAGUCUUCACCACAUACUCUGACAACCAGCCAGGUGUGCUUAUUCAGGUAUACGAAGGAGAGCGUGCCAUGACCAAGGACAACAACCUUUUGGGAAAGUUUGAGUUGAGUGGCAUCCCUCCAGCACCUCGUGGAGUGCCACAGAUCGAAGUGACCUUCGACAUCGAUGCCAACGGCAUUCUCAACGUAUCUGCGACUGACAAGUCGACUGGCAAGGAAAACAAGAUCACCAUCACCAACGAUAAGGGUCGCCUCAGUAAAGAGGAAAUAGAAAGAAUGGUUAAUGAGGCCGAAAAGUACCGAGAUGACGACAGUAAACAACGUGAAAGAGUGGAAGCCAAGAACCGGCUGGAAGCUCUGUGCUUCAGUGUCAAGUCUGCCGUUUCUGAACCUUCGGUUGGUGAUAAACUGUCAGCCGAAGAGAAGCGAUCCAUUGAGGAAAAAGCUCAAGAAACUCUGAACUGGCUGGACGCUAACCAACUGGCAGAAAAGGAUGAAUAUGAGCACCAAAUGAAGGAGCUGGAGCGAGUGUGGCGGCCCCUGGCCAGCAAGAUACACGGUCAGGGAGGCAGCGGUGGUACAGGUGGAACUUCCUCUGGCUCUGGACCCACCGUAGAGGAGGUAGACUAAAUCAGUACACAAGACAAAUAUUACGUAUAAUAAACAUAAUACGCAUUAAAAAAAAACUCUGUGUACAACAUUUUUUCAGUACUCGCGUAACCAACGAGUACAAGAACGAGUGAACAAAACGCACUAAUAUUUAUUAUUAGUUUUUUUUAAAUUAUUGUACAAAACAUACAAUAAUAUGAAGGCUCAUAGGAUGCAUAUCAUUUCGGGCAAUAAUAUGGGCAUUUAUUUAUAAUAAGGCGAAAUUUUUAUUAAUGUAAAUGUACUUACAAAAACACUAAACGUAUUUGGGCACUUCAGAACUAAUUUAUGUUUAUCUCUUAGUUUACUGUUCUAUCCCUAAAUUAUAUAUUAUUAUUUGUGUAUGCACUUGUUUAUAUAAUUAAAACAUAAAAAAAUGUUUCAUCUAUAUGGCUCA